GCAAAAUACAACAACAAUUCUAAAGUGUUCUCUUCGGUCCGCUGUGCAAUUAAACAAUUUCGCCUGCUUACACACAGCUGUAAGAUAAUAAGAGCACACUUUGCAAAUAUCCAAAUAUUAAAGGGACAGGCAGUGUGUUGUUAUCGUUUUAAUUACCAAACCCCGAAAGGAAAAACGCCGAGAAGGUCAAAAAAAUGUACACAGGCGCAUACCUGCGCCCGUGUGCCUGUGUGUAUGUGCGUGUGUGUUUGUGUGCGUUUGAGUGCGCAGAAAGUUAUACAGCUGCCAUCGACUGGCGUAUUUAUCAAUAAAUAACUAAGGAAAACUCCAGUUACUGGGUAAUUUUGCAGCUCCGUGCGCACACAUUUCCGUAUUCCGUUAUUCUGGCGAUUUAAUCCCAAACCCCGUGCCCGGAAUUCAUGACUUCGAAGGAACCUACGUAAAUGCCACGGACAGAGAUUGUCGAUUCGAGCAGGAGGUGAGCCACUGACGACAGGCCUGUCAAGUGCAGCAGGAGUCCCGAGUGAUACGCAAUAGGUGGGCCCACCCCGACUCCCAAUAUCUCAUACCAUUUAAAAAUAAGGAGAAAUCGUUAAAAAUCGUGAAGAUAGUCAGAAGGAAUCGAAAACACAGCGGCAUAGCACUUGCAGCCGCGGUGGCGACCACACGGCGGCUGGGCAGCUGGGCUUCCUAGGAAAACCGAAGAGAGGCAACAGUUUAUUCGAAGAAUUCGAAUGGCAUUAGUUUGUUUCGCUCUUUGCAUGCCACCAACCGAAAGAAGAUGAACAAUGAACAAACGCCGUCAUCAUCGGACACAUCGGCGGAUCGUUUGGGAUCUGGUGGAGCAGCUGCCAAGCUGCCCACGAUCAUACCAGACACGCCCAUCGUCUCGAUUGCCGCUGGAACGAUGAGCGAAAGCACUACGACGACCACCGUCACCAAAACUACGCCGACGCCGUUCCCGCAGGAAAAAAUUAAGACCAUGAUGUCAGACCAUGUGGCCCAGAUGAAUGCGCAGUUUGACGAGGCCUCCAAAAGCCAGGAAGCCAAAGGUGACGACGGUCAGAGAGCUGCUGCGACAGUGGCUACCAACCAUGUAGCAACUAGCAGCAGUAGGGACAGUGACCUCAAGAAAUCAUCAUCCCCUUGUAAUAGCCAUAGUACUACUAACCAUGCUGCAGAUGCUGCCAAAGGUUCAGCAGCAGCGAACGCAGGAGAUUCACCCUUCUCACAGGUCUUCGCCAUGCUAAAGGAUUCGCCAAGUGCGGAACUGUCGCGACCAAACCGCAGAGUCCUCCAGUAUGGGGCCACUGCCAAGGGCAAGACCCAGGAUGAUCAGAAUGUCGGCAAGCGACAAAAGAAGAAAAAGACAAAAUACGAUGCUUGGGAAGAUAGCGAUUUUAAUGAUCUCGACGACGCAUCAUUGAAGAAACUUCUCGAGGAGGCCUAUUGGUAUCGAAAUCCUGGGGACAAGAAGAACAAGAGCGAGCGGUUUCUGCAAAUGCUCAAAAAGGCUGAGUACGACGAAGAGAUCUCUUAUCGUGCCAUCAAAUCCUGCCUCACACUCAACCAAUCCGCACUAGCGUCCAGUGCAGCAGCAGGCUCGAGCAGCGGAAGCAGCAGUAGUGCAGGGCACAACAGCAGCUACACCUCUACCAAUCACCGCUCCACGGAUUCUGCGCAGCGGCAUAAGCAGGGCGGCUCCCUGCAGGAUCUCGUCGAGGCAGCGCACCGCAGUGAGCUUGCUACCACCUCGGCGGCAGCUGCUGCAGCGACUGCGGCGACAACGGCAGCAACCCAACGUUUCAACUGUGAUUACCAGCUGAGUGGCCGCUCCAAUCGCCGCCAGCAGCAGCACAACCAAAACGCCAUUUCCUCCGCAUCCUCAUCCAAGAAGAUCAAGAACUCAUCCGUCUCGGGCAGGCAACGUGAAGGAGGCAGCCUGCCCAGCAGCGUUAACUUCGAGCCGGCAGUUGCUAUGGAUGCCAAGCAGCAAAAGCAGCAGGCUCAGCUCUCUUCUGAGGCUCCUGUAGGUUCUGGAUCAGGAUCCAGUGGCAACAAACACCACCAACGCAGCAGCUCCGGCAGCUGCAGCAGCCUGCCAAGUCAGCUUAGUGAACGCGAUCCAGAGGCUGCCAUCCUUUUCGACAUGGAUGAGGACGCGGACGGUAGCAUCGUUACCGCCGAACAACGCGACUACCUGCUAAAGCAACUGGAGUUACAGAGCUCCACCAUGAAGUUCCUGCUCGACGCCAUAACCGGCAAGCAGAAGCAGCCGGCGGAGGCCAGGGAUGCCGGUCCCGGUGCCGGUGCCGCCAAAGAGUUCCUAAUCGACGAUCCGCUGCACUUCUCGGUCCUGGAGGUGUCCGCCAGAAGCCAGCUUCAGCAGCAGCACUAUCUGGCCUCUCUAUCUGGACAGUUUGGGAACGGCCUGGAGGAGCAGAAGCGCAAGGUUGAGGCCGGAUACGUGUCGCUCAACGACAACUACACGGCCUGCUCCUCAGUGUACGGCGGCGGUGCUGGUUCGCCAGCUGCCAUCGAGGUCAGCAAACCCUCGACCUCCUCCUCGACCUCCGCGUCGGUCAGCGGCAGCAACUGCGCCACCACUUCCGACGCGCUUUCUAGCGAUUUGCGUCCCGCAAAAAUUGGACGUAUGGUAUCUGCAACAGCAUCGCCUGCAGCUGCACCGAUGGGUGGAAAGGCUAGUACGCGCCAGCUGGAUGAGAAUGGAAAUGCAUUAAGCGAUGGUUUUGGCGGCAACGCAGCCAGUGGAGUCGCCACCAGCAGCAACGGAAGCAAUGGAAAUGGAAAUCAGACUCAGACUCUUAUAACCACCACAGUGGGAGCCAGUGCACCCACUACGUCGUCUGCCCACCGUCAGAAUAGCGCUUCUACUCUACUCUCUACGGGCACCAACACCACGUCCACGGCCACGGCCAUGGCAGCGUUGACUGCAUCAUACAGUAAGCUGCAGCAGGUAUCGGGAGGAGGUGCUGUUGCUGCUGCACCUGGAACUGGCAUUGGUCUGCAGCAGCCCACCAAGCAGAAAGCAAAGAAGAAGUCGCAGCAGGAACGCAACACCACGACUGUAGAUGUGGAGUCUGUGGCUGGAUAUCGCGGCAAUGAUCCUGUUGAGCAACUGGUCAAAUAUAUCGAGAACGAUGUCAACGGUGGCAGCAGUGCGGCGGGACAGCGGAAGAAAGAUCGCAAGAAGCAGAAUAAGCUGAAGAAGAGCAACUCAUUGGAAGAGCUGCGUAGCUGCUCAAAAAUGGAAGUUGACGAUCUGAAGCGCCAGUCGGCGACCACAGAUAUGAUGCGCCAGAAAAAGGGAACAAACAAUGCCGCCUCGGUUGGUUCAUCUUCCUCGGCAUCCGGUUCCUCUAGCAGCGGCAAACAGAACUCGGCCUCCGUGGCGGACAUAAGCAAGAACUACAACAAGGAGCAGCAGCAGUCAGUGCAAGUCAGAAAUAGCAAUAAUCCGGGAUCGCAGCAGCGUAAGGGCGAGCGGCGAUCGUGGGGCACAGAGGAGUUGCAGUACUUGGGAGAUCAUCAGGAAAUAUCCUCCGCCUGGUCGGAGCCAGAGACUCUAGGCCAGAAGCCAUUGCCUCUGGCGCUGCCUGCCUUAGCCCGCAUGUCCGAGGUGGAUGCCCUCAACACCGUUCUAACGGAGACCGCCGAAUUUCAUGUUGUAACCAAGAAGAAGAAACCAAAGAAGCAGCGUGCUGUUACAAUGGACGAUGCGGCUGUGGCUGCAGCUGCCACAACCGGCGGCAAUUUGCAACGCAUGCAGCAGAUCACCAAGUCAGCUUCCUCUAACAUGAUGUCCCAGCGGAUGCAUUACUAUGCCCCGUACAAUAGCAACAACGGAGGAGGUAAUGGAAAUUAUAAACAGCAACAACAAUAUCAGGAGCAUUACCAGCCUCAGCAGGGUCAGCAUCACCAUCACCACCAUCAUCAUCACCACCAUCAUCACCACCACGGCGGCUCGGCGGUCUCCAACCAGGUGGACAGCUCACGUCGCAAGUCUACGUCGUCGAUGCCUCCAUCGGAGAAAUCAGAUUCCAGUGAUCUCGACUCGGUCCACUCGCUGCCCAUCCAGACGGGUAAAAAGAAGAGCCUUGGCGGUGGCAACAAUAAACAGCGUGCGGCGCAGGCCGCCAGUCAGCGCCAGUCCAAACAGAACGAUUCUCCAGCUCCUAUUUCAUAUGCCGAUAUCGCACGAAGCAAACAGGAGGCUCUAAACAACGCUACGGCCAGCGAUACAGAGUUGGAGCUGGGCGACAAGUUCCAGAGCAAAAGUGGUGGAAAAUUCAAGUCGAGGCCCGACUUUCCAGAGCUGCCGGGUGCUACUACGCCAGUGUCUGGAAGUGGUUGUGCCACCAACCAGCCUACAGUUGCCAGCAACUCAAACACCGCGCCGUCCUCGUCCAGUUCGAUCAGCUAUUCCCAGAGCCUGAAUGCCACGCCUGCCAGCAGCAGUAGCGAUGCAGAGUCCACCAAUUCCCCAGAGUUGAAAGCUCAGGGGCCUGCCAGUAACCUGACUACGCCCACUCUGCCGGCGGCCUUGAGCAGCAGUACCAGCAGUUCCGCCGCCAGCACCUCUUCCACAUCAUCUUCGCCGCCAGCUCUGCAGAAAUCCAAGAGCGUGGAGCACGAUGCCAGCUACAGCUGCAACAGCAGCAAUCUGGACCAACAGUAUCCGGCGCUGGAGAAGACCGUCAAGAGGCAUAGCACCAACAAUGUGUCGGUGGCCACAUCUGCAUCAGUCUCAUCUUCGUUGUACAACUUCGCAGCAGCAGCCAAGCAACAGGUGGUGGAGAAAGUCUUUUCGACCACAACUCUGCCUACAGCAGCAACAACUACCUCAACUGCAGUCGCAGCCACAGCUCUAGCUACAGUUCCUGGUUCGUCCUCAUCCUUAACUCACGCGUUGACUCAAGCUUCGACUCCAUCUCCUGCUUUAGUUUUAUCCUCAGCCAAGGCAAAGGUCAAGCCAAAGGAAUUAUCUCCCAGCAGCGUCAAAAAGCCAACGAAGCCUAGUCAAGAAGAGUCUUUAAUCAGUCUGUCCACCACGCCCAAGGCGACCACCAGCACCAGUACGACUACCACGCAGAAGACCACCGCUGCCACGCAGACAGAGGGUGCAAAGAAGCUGAUCAGCGGCAUCCACAAGCUGCCCAGCAGUAGCUGUAUUGCUAAGGGGUCUGGGGCCGUUUCAGAAGUCACUGCUGGCAGACGUGCUGUAAUUAUACUUAACGAUGAUCGCGAUGCUGGCAGAAGCAACAACGAGUUCAUCUUUGGUGAUUUUAACGAGGAUGAAUUGAAGCUCUUCGAUGAUAGCGUGGAGGAUGAUGAUGACGACCAGAACAAACAGGCCUCAAAUAAACAGCAGCAAACGGAGUCUGAAUCGGACGUAGGCCAAGAUGACACCGAAGACGCAGACCAAGAACAUGAAAAAGAAGUCGAAAACAAGACAAAACGUGCAGAGAAACUGGAGUCGCAGCAGGAUGUGAGUAGUAACGAUAAUCGGCUGAAUGACUCAGGUGCCUCUUCGGAUGCAGUCAACAGCCCAGCCAGCCUCCAUAUGCUCUCGAUUUCUGCGGAGGAGGCUCAAUCGUCGCCGAAUGCAGGGGCAACCGCUACCUCAUCGAGUGCCGUCAGUCUUAUUAACUCGUCCACGCCAUCUGGUUCGUCAUCCGCAUCGGCGAGCACUUCCACCUCAUCUUCCUCCGUGUCGAUUUCAGCGUCCUCGAGCGGCAACGGUGCCGCCUGCCUGGCAUCAAUUUCAGGUAUGCUUGGAGGAGUUGCCAAUCAGUCGGGAGAUAGUGGCAUUUAUGCUGCCGCCAAUACUUCCAUUAAGGAGCACGUCAACAAUUUCCUAUGUAAGGCCAGGACCAGUGAAGAGACGCUCCCAAGUGCCAGCUCCAUUUCGAUGCAGCAGCUUGAAACGUGCAACGAUAUUGAAGCGGCAAUCAUUGCCGCCGCACGUGCUGCUGCCGCUGCCCGAAGCACUAGCUGCAGUCGUAGCAACUCACAAGAUCAGGAGACAACUCAUUCGCAAGGUAACACAAAGGCGAAUCCCAAUUCCAAUAUGGAGGCGAAGGUUGCCCUGCCUGUGUUCCUGACUUACAACGACGACGACGAGGAAGACGAUGAAAGCUUGCAGGAACUAAGCUUCUUGGCUGACUUCAAGGCGGAAUCAGUCACGGCGGAGGAAGUUACUCAGCAGCAUUCAGAACCUUCGCGGUCGGCAGUAUUGACAAACACAGAAUUGAUCGUCGACUACAUCGCCAACUCCUGGAAUGCCAUUGCCAGUAGCAAGUAUGUGACAUACUAUAAAGAUCAGGAGCAGGAGACCUAGGAAUCACACGAAUCAGCAGUAGCUGCAACAUCACCGACACAUUUGAAAGUAGGAAAAUCGUCGGUAACAGCAGAGACACCAGCAACACCAAUCACUAUAGCAACGUCAGCAGUAUCGGCAGCAAUUUAACGAGAGCACUCAACAUCGUCAGGAAACACGAGAAGAGUUUAGUUUGAAUUGCAUGUUCUGAUGUUUAUAUAUAUUUUUUUUAAUUUGUGCUGGGUCAUCGUUUAUACAACAACCGAUAUCGUACAUACACUAUAAAUAAUUGCUAUACCAAUA